AUGAAACAGCCAACAAUUGAACAAAGUCUUACUAUUCAUAAAGAUUUAACUGCCGACCAGUCGACAGCUAUUAAAGAUUUAAUUGCACGUUGGAUAUGUACUGAUAUUCGUCCAUUUGGAAGUCUUUAUGGUAACAUAGAUGUUGAUAAUAUUCUUCGAAGUCGAAAUACUAUAUCAAAUCAUAUAUAUAAACUUGCUGAUGUAUCUCGUCAACAAAUCAAGUUAAUAUUACAGGAACCAUAUGAAAGUGGAUGUUUAUCAAUAUCUCCAGAUUUUUGGAGUGAUAAGUAUCGGCAAAUAUCAUACCUUGGCGUUACUGCAACAUUUACUGAUUUCAAUUACCAUUAUCACACAAUUGAUCUUUUAUGUCGACCAUUUGGAAGACCUGAUAAAAGUAGUACUAAUGUAUUAACGGCAUUACAAAAUGAACUUUUACGUUUUGGAAUUGAUGAUUUAUAUAAAGCCACAAUCGUUUGUGAUAGAGGUAGUAACUUCUUAAAAGCAUUCCGAUAUCAUCAUCCACUUUUAUGCUAUGCACAUCGACUUAACAAUAUUUUAAGAAGAACAUUUUUUCAACACAAUAAAAUCUCGUUAAUGACAUUGUUACCACCUGACUAUAAUGGCUCUUCUUGCAGCGAAAUAGAAGAUGAAGAUGAUGGUGACAGUUUCAAUAAAAUGUUAAAUCUAAUUCAAAUUAAAAAAAAGAAAUUGCCAUUAUCUGUUCGAGGUAUUGAAGAAACAACAAUGACAAUUAAAGUUAACGCUAUACCACCAGCUGCUCAAGAAGUAAUAAGAACGAUUGUCGAAUAUGAUGAUAAUCAUUUUAAUUUUGAAGAAGAUGAAGGUUUAAAAUACAUUCGUGAACGUACAUCUGUUUUAUUUUCCAAUAUGUUGGAAUUAGAUUCGCGACACUACUGUGCUACCAUACUCCAUCCUGAUUAUCGUACUUUACGUGGCUGUUCAACACAUGAAAAAAUGAUGUGUCAUCAAUUUAUUCGUGAAAAAUUGAAAAACAUGCAUCAACCAUCAAUCAAAAUAGACAGUGAAUCGCAGAAAAACAAACGAUUAAAAACUGAUCAGUUAUCGAUAUUAGAUGAUUUCAAAGAUGAUCCAGAAGCUAGUGAAAAUGAUGACUGCAGCGACGAUGAUGAUGUUAAGAGCGUCGAAUAUUCAUUACCAAUUACAAAAUCCGAUGAAUUAAACAAAUAUUUAUCAAUGAAAGUCGACAUGAAACAGUAUUCAUUUGAUAUACUUGAAUUUUGGCAAAGUAAUGCUGAUGAAUUUCCAUGUCUUUCUAGACUUGCUAGAGAAAUUCACUCAAUUCCAGCAACUAGCGCAGUCGUAGAACGCCAAUUCAGUAUCGCUGGACUCGCAUUCAGCGAGAGACGAAAUAGUUUAGAUCCUGAACAACUUGAUAACAUUAUAUGUAUCCGUGCCAUAGAAAAGAUUAAGGGAAAGAUAUAA